UGGCCGGUGGCGUUUAUCUUGCGGUGUUACUUGACACGGUGCAGUUUUUGUCAUUUUAGUGCGAAGUGACACAGUUACUUCGGAUGGUUGUACCAAAUUUCGGCGAUAGUCAUUCACGCCCCGUCGGCUUAAAAGUUUAAACAGAAUCACUUACUGGAUAAACUGGAGUCUGACAGAAACAACAUGGCGAGUCCUUCGCCACAAUCAUCUCCUAUGCCACCACCUCAAGCCCCAAGUCCCAUGGGUCCACCUCAGCAAGCCUUAUCUCCUUCUAAUCCUCAGGGCAGUCCAAUGGGUCCUCCGCAACAUCAUCCUCAUAGUCCUACUCAAGGGUAUCAAAGUGGCCCGCCUCCGCCUGGUGGGCCUACGAUAUCUCAGUCUCCGCAGCAGCCACCACCACCGCAGCAAUCAAAUUAUCCUCCUCAUCCUCAGCAAAUGCCUCCCAAUAUGGGUCCUCAGGGGCAAGGAGGACCCGGGACAGCGGGGCCAGGAUCGCAACAAGGGCCCGGGGGAUCUAUGACACCAGGACAGAUGGGUCCAAAUGGACCUCAGAGUGGCUCACACAUGGUUCAAUCUGGUCCAGGGCAAAUUGGACCAAACGGUUCAGGACCAAUGGGACCGAAUGGACCAGGACCAGGUCAAAUGGGUCCUGCAGGACCAGGGCAAAUGGGAUCAGGAGGACCGUCGCAAAUGGGGCCAGGAGGUCCAGGGCCAAUAAGCAUGAGUCAAAUAGGCUCGUCUGGGUCGGGACAAAUGGGUCCCGGGAGUCAUAUAGGGCAACAAGGAAGCGGUCCUCAGGGAGGUCCUCACAUGGGGCAACAAGGAAGCGGUCCUCAGGGAGGUCCUCAUAUGGGGCAAGGAACUGGUCCUCAAGGUGGCCCACAUUUGGGACAAAGUGGAUCCGGCCAACAAUUAGGAUCCGGAGGACCACAAACUGGCUCCACGGCCCAAAUGGGUCAGGGAGGACUACAGAAUUCUCAGAUGGCUCCUGGAGGACCAGGACAUUUGUCAGGUCCACCGGGAUCAGGCCAUAUGGGUUCUGGUGGCCCAGGUCAUAUGGGCGCUGGCCAGAUUCCACCGAGUGCUCCCAAUAGUCAUGGAAUGGGACCAAGUGGUCCAAAUCAGAUGGGACCAGGUGGUCCGGGCGGGCAAAUGGGUCCUGGUGGUCCCGGAACCCAAAUGGGACCAGGAGGUCCGGGAGGACAAAUGGGACCUGCAGGACCAACCUGCCAAUUGGGGGCAGGAGGACCAGGACAGAUGAGUCAUAAUGGCCCUGGUCAGAUGGGACCGAAUGGUUCCGGACAAAUUGGAAUGGGAGGGCCAGGAGGGCAGAUGAGCAUGGGUGGACCAGGAGGACAAAUGGUAUCGGUAGGACCUGGUGGACAAAUGGGACCUGGAGGUCCAGGGGGGCAGAUGGGACCAGGCAGUCAAAUGGGGCCGGGAGGACAAGGACAGAUGGGACCAGGAGGUCCAGGUGGACAGAUGGGGUCGAGCAGUCAAAUGGGACCUGGUGGGCCUGGAAAUCAAAUGGGACCAGGAGGACCUGGAAAUCAAAUGGGUUCGGGAGGUCCCGGAAAUCAAAUGGGUUCGGCAGGCCCAGGAAAUCAGAUGGGUCCAGGAGGUCCAGGGAGUCAGAUGGGACCUGGUGGUCCAGGAAGUCAAAUGGGACCUGGUGGUCCGGGAAGUCAAAUGGGGCCCGGAGGUCCGGGGAGCCAAAUGGGACCAGGAGGCCCAGGAAGCCAAAUGGGUCCUGGAGGUCCAGGUAGCCAAAUGGGCCCUGGCGGUCCUGGAAGUCAAAUGGGACCCGGAGGUCCAGGGAGCCAAAUGGGGCCCGGUGGUCCAGGGAGUCAAAUGGGGCCUGGAGGUCCAGGGAAUCAAAUGGGACCUGGAGUUCUAGGUCAGAUGGGACCCGGAGGACCAGGAAAUCAAAUGGUACCGGGCGGUCCAGGGAGCCAGAUGGGGCCGGGAGGUCCAGGAAGUCAAAUGGGGCCAGGUGGUCCUGGGGGCCAAUUGGGACCUGCCGGUCCAGGAGGUCAAAUGGGACCGGGUGGUCCGGCAGGCCAGAUAAAUACGAGUGGUCCUGGAAAUCAAAUGGGAUUAGGAGGCCCAGGAGGUCAAAUGGGACCAGGUGGUCCAGGAAGUCAAAUGGGACCUGCUGGCCCAAAUAGUCAACUGGGACCUGGGGGAUCCGGAAGUCAAAUGGGACCUGGGGGUCCAGGUAGUCAAAUGGUACCAGGAGGUCCAGGUGGUCAAAUGGGACCCGGAGGAUCUGGCGUACAAAUAGGUCCUGGCAGCGCGAGCAGUCCAAUGGGACCUACCGGGCCAUCUGGACAAGCAGGAUCAACUCAAAUGGGUCCCGGAAGUCAAAAUCAAGGUCAGAUAGGACCUGGAGGACCUGGACCAAUGGGCCCUGGUGGACCUGUCAAUCAAAUGAGUCAAACAGGACCAGGUCAGAUCGUUCCUGGAGGACCGCCUGGUCCACCGGGUCCUGGUCAAGAAAAUUUAAACGCGCUUCAGAAAGCUAUUGACUCAAUGGAAGAAAAAGGUUUGCAAGAAGAUCCUCGUUACUCGCAAUUGCUUGCAUUGAGAGCUCGCCAAGGAAGUAGUAUGGGAGAAAAGCAAACAUUUAGUUCACAGCAAUUGCAGCAACUUCGUGUACAGAUAAUGGCAUACCGACUACUGGCACGAAAUCAACCAUUAUCCCAGCAACUGGCACUUGCUAUACAAGGCGGAGCUCCUCCUCCAGGUAUGGGACCACGACCCAUGGAUCCCUCCCAAGGUCCUGUAACACCUACCGGUCCACAAAUACUAGGGCCACCUGUCAUAGGACCAGCCGGGACACCGAGACCAGGUUUGCAAACACCUCAACAGCAACAACAACCUCAGCCUGGACCAAAAACGAAUAGGGUAACCAGCGUGCCAAAGCCAGCCGGCCUCGAUCCACUUCUAAUAUUGCAAGAACGCGAGAAUAGGGUUGCAGCGCGUAUUGCACUUCGGAUGGAACAACUCAGUAAUUUGCCAACUAACAUGCCAGAGGAUCUUCGAAUUCAAGCACAAAUUGAAUUGAGAAUGCUAAGGGUAUUGAACUUCCAACGGCAGCUCAGGUCAGAGAUUAUUGCGUGUACUCGGAAAGACACGACAUUAGAGACGGCCGUAAACGUAAAGGCGUAUAAACGUACUAAGAGGCAAGGUUUGCGAGAAGCCAGAGCAACCGAGAAACUAGAGAAGCAACAGAAGCUAGAAGCGGAACGCAAACGCAGACAGAAGCAUCAAGAAUUCCUCAGUUCGGUACUUCAGCAUGGCAAGGACUUCAAAGAGUUUCAUCGCAACAAUGUUGCCAAAUUGGCACGUCUCAAUAAAGCCGUUCUUAAUUAUCAUGCUAAUGCGGAAAGAGAGCAGAAAAAGGAGCAGGAACGAAUUGAGAAAGAACGUAUGCGCCGUCUUAUGGCUGAAGAUGAAGAGGGUUACAGAAAACUGAUUGAUCAGAAGAAAGAUAAACGUCUGGCCUUCCUGUUGUCGCAAACUGAUGAGUACAUAAGUAAUCUCACGGAGAUGGUGAAACAACAUAAGAUAGAACAAAAAAGAAAGCAGGUUGAAGAGCAAAAACGUAAAAAGAAGAAGAAGAAGCUGCGGGAUAGCGAGGGUGGUGAGGAUGGCGGAUCCAACGAUGACGUUCGGAUUGGUGUUAUUGAAACUUCUAGCGGCCGUACGUUAACUGGGGAUGAUGCCCCACUGAUGAGUCAACUAUCAGCCUUUUUGGAAGCUCAUCCUGGAUGGGAGCCGAUUGAUUCAGACAGUGAAGAUGAUGAUGACGAUGACGACGACGAAAACAAAGAGAAAGGUCACGGUGAUUCCGAAGAAGAUAAAGUGAAGAAAACAAUACAUAAAGCCAAAGUAGAGGACGACGAAUAUAAGACCGAAGAACAAACAUACUAUAGUAUAGCUCAUACAGUUCAUGAAGUCGUUACUGAACAAGCAUCUAUAAUGGUUAAUGGUAAACUAAAGGAGUAUCAGAUUAAGGGUUUGGAAUGGUUGGUAUCAUUGUUCAAUAAUAAUCUCAAUGGAAUUCUUGCGGAUGAGAUGGGUCUUGGUAAGACCAUCCAAACGAUUGCUCUCGUUACGUACCUCAUGGAAAAGAAGAAAGUCAAUGGCCCAUUCCUCAUCAUCGUUCCUUUAUCGACUCUGUCAAAUUGGGUACUGGAGUUCGAAAAAUGGGCACCCAGUGUCGUGGUAGUGUCGUAUAAGGGAUCUCCUGCUGGAAGAAGGGCGAUUCAGUCGCAAAUGCGAGCGACGAAAUUCAAUGUUCUUCUGACAACUUACGAGUACGUUAUUAAGGACAAGGGCGUAUUAGCUAAACUUCAGUGGAAGUACAUGAUUAUUGACGAAGGCCACCGUAUGAAGAAUCAUCAUUGCAAACUUACUCAAGUUUUAAACACUCAUUAUUUGGCUCCUCAUCGUCUUCUUUUAACUGGAACACCCCUGCAAAACAAGUUACCGGAAUUGUGGGCUCUACUAAACUUUUUGCUUCCGUCCAUCUUCAAGUCUUGCAGUACAUUUGAGCAAUGGUUUAAUGCACCAUUUGCAACAACUGGUGAAAAGGUAGAGCUUAACGAAGAAGAAACGAUUUUGAUCAUCCGUCGCUUGCAUAAAGUGUUGCGUCCAUUUUUGCUUAGGCGUCUUAAGAAAGAAGUCGAGUCUCAAUUGCCGGACAAGGUUGAAUACAUUAUUAAAUGUGACAUGUCCGGUCUCCAGAAAGUUUUGUAUAAGCAUAUGCAAAGUAAAGGGGUACUUUUGACCGAUGGCUCAGAAAAGGGCAAGCAAGGCAAAGGCGGUGCCAAGGCCCUUAUGAACACUAUUGUACAACUGAGAAAGCUAUGCAAUCAUCCUUUCAUGUUCCAAGCUAUAGAAGAAAAAUACUGUGAACAUGUUGGAACGCAAGGAUCUGGCGUGAUUACUGGCCCUGACCUAUUUCGAGCUUCCGGCAAAUUUGAGUUGUUGGAUCGUAUUCUUCCAAAAUUGAAAGCAACAAACCACAGAGUAUUACUUUUCUGUCAAAUGACUCAGUUGAUGACGAUUAUGGAAGAUUAUCUUGGCUGGCGUGGCUUCAUGUAUCUUCGAUUAGAUGGUACGACAAAGGCUGAGGAUAGAGGGGAUUUAUUGAAAAAGUUCAACGAUCCUGGAUCGGAGUAUUUUCUCUUUUUAUUGUCAACUAGAGCUGGUGGUCUCGGUUUAAAUCUUCAAGCUGCAGACACAGUUAUUAUUUUCGAUUCCGAUUGGAAUCCUCAUCAAGAUUUGCAAGCGCAAGACAGAGCCCACCGUAUUGGACAGAAAAAUGAGGUCCGUGUACUUCGAUUAAUGACAGUGAAUUCUGUUGAAGAAAGAAUAUUAGCUGCUGCUAGGUACAAGCUAAAUAUGGACGAAAAAGUUAUCCAAGCUGGAAUGUUCGAUCAAAAGUCGACAGGGUCAGAGCGCCAGCAAUUCUUACAAAGUAUCUUGCAUCAGGAUGAUGCCGAAGAUGAAGAAGAGAACGAAGUGCCAGAUGAUGAAACAGUGAAUCAAAUGAUUGCCAGAACGGAAGGAGAAUUUGAAAUAUUCCAGAAAUUAGAUCUUGAGAGGAGAAGAGAAGAAGCCAAAUUGGGGCCGAACCGGAAAUCUCGAUUGUUAGAAGAAGCCGAAUUACCCGAUUGGCUCGUCAAAGAUGACGACGAGGUUGAAAGAUGGACGUACGAAGAGGAUGAGGAGCGAUUUUUGGGUAGAGGCUCUCGACAACGUAAAGAAGUUGAUUAUACCGAUAGUCUUACCGAGAAAGAAUGGCUAAAGGCUAUUGACGACGAUGGUGCAGAAUAUGAAGAAGAGGAAGAGGAUGACAAGAAGAAGAAGAAGACGCGUAAACGCAAAAAGAAAGGGGAAGAAGACGAUGAACCAACGCCGAAGAAACGAAGAGGCGCAGCAGCUAUUGAUCCAAAAUUGAAGAGGAGUAUGAAAAAAUUGAUUAUGGUAGUCGUUAAUUAUACUGAUAGUACAGAUGGGAGAUUGUUAAGUGAACCAUUUAUGAAGCUCCCAUCUAGAAGAGAACUACCGGAUUAUUACGAAAUCAUAAAGAAACCUUUAACGAUAAACAAACUUCUUCAAAAAAUAGACGAAGGCAAAUAUAAUGAUUUCGACGAACUCGAAAAGGAUUUUAUGCAGCUAUGUAAGAACGCACAGAUUUAUAACGAAGAAGCAUCUUUAAUUCACGAGGAUUCUAUUGUGCUACAAUCUGUCUUUGUUAAUGCAAGGCAGCGUCUUGAGGCAGAAGGAAACAAUUCCGAAGACGAUAAGGCCGAAGCCGAGGAUGGAUCGGACGCGGAUUCUAGUGUUCGAAUGAAGAUCAAGCUCAAAGGCAAGAAGGGAGAAGGUAGGGGUGGACGCAGAAAAAGAGUAACGAAAAAGUAUAUUUCUGAUGAUGAUGACGAUGCCGAUGAUAACUGAAAGGCAUAGAAUAUUAUUUUUAUAAAGUAAUAGCUUAAACAAUUAGCUUCUCCGUGACUUGCGCAGUUUUAUUCUACGGUGAAUGGGAUAUUGUUCGUGAGUUUUUUCAUUGAUGGUAGUUAGGGCGACUAAAAAUGGCUAUCACCAUUAUUAGCGAGUCGACACUGCCAUGUGGAGGAAGAACAAUGUUAAUAUCGCCCACGACUGAAAGCGAUGUCAGUAAUGAUCAUGUAAUGAAUUUUCAAAUACUGUCAAGAUUUCUUCUUUUUAAUAAUUGUUCUUUUUUUUUGUUAGUAAAGAUCGUAUACCAGCGAUAUGCACAUGAAAAUUCCACUAUGUACAGUAAAAUUUAGAACCAACCGCAAUGCCGUGUGUAGUAUCGCACUUGUUACUAGAGAAAUCAAAAGAGCUUUACGAAUGAACGAAGUUGGGUUGGUCAAGUAUUCUUUUUACAGAUUGGACAAAGCUGUUCCUUUUCUUCGCAUUAACAUCUCAUUGACGUCUUUGUCAUUGUGUGAUUCACAAUGAGGACGAAAUAACAUGUUUCUCGAAUAAUAGUGAUAUUAUGUUUCGAGUUUCCUAUUUCAAUUUAAUUCAUGAAUUUCUGACUAUUUAGAAAAACUGUUGUCACUGCGUCAUUGUUGAAAUGCCGUGUUGAAAUUAAAUGAACAGUAGGUGGUUACAGUUAAGUAUAAUUGAAUGUGCUAUGUUCCACACUAAAGACAUUAUAUCGAACAUCUGUAUUUCCGUAAAUUUCUAUACGGUAUUCCCAUAUCAGUACUUGAGAGUUGGAUGGCAGGUGUAAACGACGUUAUUUAGCCAACACGGAAGGUCAUCGAGGCUUUAUUAUUCGGAUCAUCGAACAUUAGAUUGAUAAAUCAUCAUUGAGUAUUAACAUAGAUAGCAGUUUAUAUUAUUAUUAAUUAUUGUCGCUGUAAUUAUAGAAAUGUUCUGGUAAGGUCAAGGGAGAUUACCUGUGACUAGAAGAUCAAUUUAAUGAGUUAUGAUCUAAUCGCGUUUAUUCUUAAGGACCCUUUCAAUGCUGAUGCGGAAAAUCUGUAUUUCACAAGGUUUCUCUUUAGAGUUACUUCUCUUGUACACGGAGAAAUGGUUGGCGGUCAUGCUUCGGCGGUAAAAGGUUCCGAAGUACCAAUCGAAUUCUCGAGUGUAAAGUGACCCGACGUGCGAAUUUCUUUCGGAGUGAUUCCGUGCACUCAGUCUCUUACAUCAACAUUGCAAUGUAUUGUAGUUUAUACGUACACGCACUAUAUAUAAGGGAAUAAAGACCUGAUAAGAGGAAAAA